AUUUACAGAUAUCAUUUUCGCUAACGACAUUAUUUUAUAGGAUUAAUAAAAAUUGUUUAAAAUUUUUAUAAAUGAAUGAAGAGAAAAAUUCUACAAAAAAAAUCACAGGCCAAAAAAACGUAAACAAAGACUCAUAUACAAUAACAACAAAAAAUAUAUAGUCACUGAAAGCUGUCAACAAUUUGUAAAGGUGCUUAAUAAUAAUAACAACAAAUACCUCUAUGGGAAUUAAUUACUUGCCAAUAAAUAAUACAACAAUAAAAACAACAAAAACUCCGAUAAGAUUUCCUAGAAAUUUUUUGCAACAAAACGAAAUUUCCAUUUUAUUAACAAAAAUUAUUUAGAUUCGUGCUUUAACGUUUAUAUGGUGCAAUUUUUUAAUGGAAAUUUUUACUAGUUGUUAGAUUCUUUUAAAUUCAAACGUGAUUUUUUAAGCUGAAACUAAUUAAUAGACAUGGAUCACUUGGAUUUAGCUGGAGUAUUAACAACACCACCGCAAUGGAAUUUGCCGGCUUUCGAGCAACAAGAUGCCGUUUAUUUGUCGUCCUCAAGGCAAAUGUUGGAGCCUAUUAUGGAGGAGACCUCAGAGGAUGAGGAAUAUGCCCUAAAUUCCUGGCAGCAAUAUGAACAACAAGGCAGUGAUAAUGAGGGAGGAGCCACUACAGAGGGUGAAUCGGUGUGUGGCGCCACUAGUGGAGCCGGGGGUGCCAGUUUUUGGAGUUCAGCGGAAUCGGACACGGGUUCAGUGAUAAGAAUCGAAGUAACUAAGGAUAAUGAUUCUAACUCUGAAAGAGAUUUCCUGUGUCCAGCUAAAAGACCACGUAGAUGUGAAGAGUCUUUGGCACAAAGUUUGCCAGAGGAGGAGGUUAUCUUAAGGCGUCCUUUAUACGGCGUAGAAAAGAAUAACAGUUUGGAGAGAUUUUUAAAUUAUGAAAACUUUUCACGAGAUUCUUGGGGCACUAAUAGUCAACAGCGCAGUAGCGUGGGCAGUCGCAGAGGAUUUGAUGAUUUCUAUUCUGACUCUGAUUCCUUGUCUUAUAAUUCCUUAAGUCGUUCCUCCAGUCUUAUACAAUUCGAGUCUUUGGAAAGACAGUUGCUAAUGCAAGAACAACAUGUCAGUAUGAACAGUUUGGGCAAUUCCUCACCUUCGCUAAUGAGUUUUGAUAAUAAUGAGGAGACAGGAAAUAAAUUGUUAAAUAAUUCGGGCAAUAAUUCCGCCAAUAAUAGUCGUCGUGGCUCACAGUCUUCCCUAAUGAAAAAAUAUGAAUCUUUAGAUGGACGUUUGCAUCAAACUUAUUACGAUUUGGAUAAAUUGAAUUUUGAUGAUAUGGAUCACAGUAGUGGUGAUAAUUUUGCCAGAAAUGGAAACCUAAAGGUGGCCUCUCAUUUAGCGGAAUUAAGGUCAGAUUCAGAAUCUUCUUCCGAGGGCUCAGAGGGCACACAAAGUGUUCUAUCGCCGGCGGAUAUUAAUGAUAAUGAGUUUCUGUUUAAGAAAUUCACUAGAACCAAUUCGCAACAAAAUAAAAAAGGCAAAAGUUCGGCAGAGAAUUUGUCCGAAGAUUCCGGCUAUUGUGAGCCUGCUAUGGGCUUUGGUUUAAGACGCAGCAAAUCACAAAGUUUAUUGAAAAACUAUGAAAAAUUUUCCGAAGAGGAAGAAGAAAUGGAAAAUAAGUCAUUAAUACACAUGGAGCAACAGCAGACUACAGCAACAACAACAGAAUUUAAAAAUACCAACACGAGACAUCAUCAUCAGCAGCAGCAAGAAACACCACCCCACUCCCCCCAGCUAGAAUACAUACGCCAUAAACAGCGUACAGAGGCCCAUUCACCAUCACCGGUAUCAUCAGAAGUGUCGACAUCAUCAUCAUCAUCAUCGUCGUCGUCUGCUUGCUCUCAACACUCAUCUUCAUCAUCAACGUCUUCUUCAUCUACAGCUUCCACAUCUUCAUCGGCCACGACAUGCGCAUCAAAGGCCUCUUUUACUUGGCUAAUGCCAACGGCUAACGCCACCACUGCCGGCGCCGUCCGACAAUUGCCAAGAGUUCAGGCCGAUCAACAACUCCAUUCACCAACACAUUUCAGUCUAAACGAUCUCUGUGUAGUGAAAACAUCUAACGAGGAAAACGCCGCCACACAAAUUGAAAAAGAAUUUUCUUCUUUAACGCGAUCAACGACGUCAAACGAUCAUUGCGGAGAGCGACAAUGUAAAGAAAAUAUCUCUUCUAAAGAAUAUUCAAAUAGUGAAAAAUCUAAAAGUAUAGAAGAAGUAGAAUAUAAUAGUGAAUUAAAAAUAAAUUAUUGGAAAAAUGGUGAAAAGUUUCUAGAAGAAGAAGAAGAACAAAAGCUUAUUGUGCAAACAUUAAAUAAAGAGAGAGUGAGAAAAGAGUGUUCCGCAAAAGCUAAAAGUGGUGAAUUUAAUAAUUAUGUGUUUAAUAUAAAUAAUUUUCCAAAAAGUUUAACCACCUCCUGCCCUAACACACCAGAGUUUUGGAGAGCAAAAGAUCGAGAUUAUACUCCUUUAAGUUUAAGCAAAGUUUAUGAUAAUUUAAUGCCUAGUUGGCCGGUAAAAACUUCCAGCGUUCCCAGCGAAUUGUGUAAUUUAGGACGCAAGAAAAAGCUAAAGAGAGCUCAACAAACAAAAACCUCUUUAGAAGUUGAUUGUCCCAAUAGUGAGCCCCUAACAGAUAAUGAUUCUUUAGCAGAAUCCUUAACAAGUUUGGAAGAUUUGCAAACAUUAAAAAGAAGUUUAAGUUGGUGUAGUUGUACACAAAAUAGCGGGGACUGUAUAAGCUUUAGAGCAGAAGCUAAAAAUUUAGCACUACUACAUCGGUCUUAUCACAAUUUGGCUUCGUUGGACAUAGAUUUGGAGGAGCAGGAAACUAUGGCGGAGAGAAGAAUAUCCUCGGAUUAUGAAACGGAAAUUAUUUGUAAAAAUAAUUUCCUAUUAGAUGAGCUUUCGGCCCAUUAUGAACGUACGGCUUCUAUAUUAAAUGACAAGCCUUUGGAGGAUAAUGAUAUUAACAAGCCUUUAAAGCCGGAUAGGUCUCAGGCCAGAAAAUCCUCCAAUUCUAGUUAUUCCCAGGGAGAGGAAAGUGAGUCAGAGCAAGUGCAACAUGUCCAGCUGGUUAUACGCAAACCCCCCGCCCGACAAAAGCGAGCCAAUGGCCAGCAGUUAGCACAGGAAAAGGCCAAUAGUUUGACACAAGAUUUUAGCUUCCAGGCCAUAAUGCAAAGUGGUCCCACAAAGACUUUUGAUCAAGAUCCUACUAUAUUGAAAACCAGUUAUGCUCAAAGUUUGGAAAAGUGUAAUUUCGAUUGUAAAGAGCUGUCCAAUCAGGAUUUAAACAAAACACGUUCUAUACCCAAACGUAGAUUCCACUCCCAAGCUAAUUAUGCUAAAAAGAAGAAUCUAGUAUCCUCCACACCCAAUCUAAAUGCUUAUGAUUUCCAGCAUCAAGAUGAUAUCGAAGAUGAUAUGUUUGUUUCUAGUGCCCACAAUUCCAUGCAUCAAUUGCCUUUAUCGCAAACACAAAAACCUUUGGGUAUACUAUUGCCAGCUGGCUCCAGAACCUCUUUUGGCAAGGAGGUAAGCUUUUGUCCCGUAGUAUCCAAAUACUGCUGGCAGGAACAGUCAUCAGAAGAAUGUAAUGAGGGCUUGGAGUCGGAAGGUCAAGGAGAGGAAGAAAGUGAGGAUGAACUGUUGGAUAAUGCCGAUGCCACGGUUAUAUACAAUACCAAAGAGAAUGAAAAUAUAGCGGCGAAAUAUAAUGAAGAGUUUUUGAAAAAAGAGCAACCGAAAACAGAACAAGAAAUAGAAAUCAUUAAAGAGAAAGCGGUAAUGAAAGAGAUCAAUAAACAAAAGGUGGAGAAGAUCAUUAAAGAGUCAACUAUAAAAAGAGAAGAGGAACAAGAAAGAGAAAAUGAAAAAUUAAGAGAUGGUGAAACAAAACGAAAUGAAACACCAGAAAAGAUAAAACAAAGAGAAGAAACUUUGGAAUUGGAAAACACACAAACAAAUGAAACACAGGAACAAAUGGAGAACCUAAAACAAAUGGAAUUAUUACCACAACUGAACGUUAGUUUAACUACGAACGUAAACAAUGAAACAUUGAAAACGCAAACGCCGGACGCGCAAAACAUAAACGAAACUAAAAGUGUUAAUAAUAAAGUUAAUAAUAAUACGUGUCUAAAAACCAAACCUACGGUGGUAGUAGCAAGACCUUUAAGCAUACAAUUGCCCAUAUUAACAGAACCGCCUAUUAAUCGUGCCCAUCAUAUACUCUAUGCCUCACAGCAAAUGUUGGAUAAUUUCCAAAGGCAACAACAAAACGAGGAAAACGAACAUUUUAAUAAAUCACAAUCCACACAAAAUCUAAGCAACAAAAUGUCCAGCAAAACCAAGGAACUAAAACAAAGCGCGGCUCCUCCUCCUGCUAAUCAAGCAGUAAAUAAUAAUAAUGAUAUAAUGAAAUCGAAAUUUAAACAUGAAGAAAAACAUCCCAAUUCAAAAGGUUUCCUAACAAGAUUUGCCAAUGGUUUUAGAUUUUCUUUAAGGCGUAAUAAGAAAAAGUUGCCCAAGGAUCAGCAACAAGUGGAACAAUUGGAAACUAAUGCUGUUGCCAAAGAAAAUAAAACAAAAUCUUUGCCUGCUGCUCACAAACAGGCAGAUUUUAUACAUAUACCCUUAAAGGGACCUCUGCCGGAGAAUAGGAUAAAUCAAAACAAACAAACAAAUGGCAAUGCUGUUAACGCUAAACAAAAAACAGCUAAAACUAAUAAUAAUGAUAAAGUAACCGGCAAACCACCUAUACCACCACAACAACAACAACAAUUGCUCAAAAUGCAAAGCGCACAAUCCUCUCCACAACCAUCACAACAACCAUUAGUUGAAGUUGGUCUUAGUCGUUUCUACACCGAAACUGAAAACAACCCCACCUUACCCUUUAACCCACAACAAACGACACAAGAUUUUCUCAAUGGUGAAAAACAAGCUUUAUAUCAUGAACAUGCAAAACAGUCGUGUGCCAACCUUAAACAAGAAACACCGGAAAAUGUUACAGAAAUGAUGUCGGUUAAUUCUAACAAUACUACGUACGAAUUUAAUAAUUCAUCAUCACCCUCGCGUGCCUCCGUAUCGCAAAAAACUCAAAUGUUUAAUAAUUUAUCGCGUCAAUCGGUACCGCAACAACAACAAAAUCAACAACAACCAAAAAUCGGUUUAAUCGAAACCAAUCUGGAUACACAUGAAACUAUAAUAACGGGUAAAACGCGUUCGUUAAUCAAUAUCGGUCCUAAUCAGCAGCCACAACAAUCGAGAUUUGCCGGCAAUAAACGUCUGCAUACCAAUGCACACCAUAAUCAUACAUACAAUCAUCAUCAGUAUCAGCAUCAUCACCGCCAUCAUCACCACGAUGGCAAUGAGGCUGAUGACGAUGACUAUGAUGAUAAUGAUGACGAUGAAGUAGUAGUACGUCCCGAUGGUACGGUAGUGGUAAUAAAAAAUGCCGGUUCGAAUGGUUCAACAGCAUCGCAAACAGCACAAAUUGUAUCUGUACGUCGUCCCCAUAAGAGUAUGGAAUUUUUAUUGGAUAAAGAAAAUCAAAAGGAUGUUAUGGUAAGUCGAAAGAAUUGUCUAUAUAUUUUAAAGGAAUUUAGAGAUUUUGAGGAUUUAGGGAACAAAUUUUGAA